AAUCGACAGAUAGUUCUGGAGAAUCACAUACAUGUAAAUUCGGAUGUCAGUGUUCAGCUAACUGUUUUGAACAUUUUACAAAAGAAGAAGUCACAGAUCACAUUAAUAAAUUAAAAGAAAUGGGUAAAGAAGAGAAAGAGAUGUACAUCAUGGGCUCUCUCAAUCAAAAAGGCAGCAAGAAGAUAACAUCCAAGAGAAAAGAGAAAAAAAGAACUAGAUAUAUUUAUACUUUCAAAGGCCAUGAAAUAUGCAGAGACGCAUUUGUUUAUAUCUACGAUACGACUCGAAAAGUUUUGAGAAAUAUUGCCAAACAUCUCAGUGAACAUGGAGCUAUCCCCCGAGAGCAUGGCAACACAGGAAAGAAACCUUCACACUCUCUGAAAUUCGAAGAAAUUCGCAAUGCGGUGACAUUUAUUUUGAAUUAUGCUGGAGAAGUAGGGAUGCCCCAGCCUGAAGCCCCUAGGGGAAUUGACGGAAUUCCACCGGUGUAUCUUCCAUCAUCAGACACCAAGAAGGACAUCCACAAGCGUUAUGUUGCUUCAUGUGAAGAAUCUGAAUUCCGUGCUCUUAAAGUGUCUUCUUUUCAAGACGUCUGGCUUAAAUGCGUCCCACAUAUCAAAAUUAGCAAACCUAGGGAUGAUGUUUGUCAUCGAUGUGAGCGUCUGCGGAAGGAAAUUAUUGAUGCUGUUACAGAAGAGGAGAAGCUUUCGGCAAUCAACGCCUUUCAGGAACACAUUGCAGAUGCGAAGAAAGAGCGCGAGUACUACAAAGCCUGUAUAGAAAAUGCAGUGCAGGAAAUGGAGAACUGGGAAGGUGAGGAACUUGCAAAUAUCCAUUAUACAUUUGAUUUUGCCCAGCACUUUCAGUUGCCACACCAUUCUCGCCAGAUGGGUCCAACCUAUUUCGCUCAGCUACGCCGGAUCCAGGUGUUUGGAGUAAGAAUUGACAGCGUUUCCAAGCAGCUUAACUUCAUCGUGGACGAGAAUCAAACUAUAGGACCAGACGGAACUCAAACAAGUGGACCUAAUGCAGUCAUAAGCAUGCUCGACUAUGCCCUUACAGAACAUAACUUUGGUGAACAAAAAUGCACACUUCAUGCAGACAACUGUUCUGGGCAAAAUAAAAACCAGUUCGUCAUAGCGUACCUCUGUUGGCGUGUUAUAACUGGACGUCAUUGUGAGGUAGAAUACUGCAUGCAAAUACCUGGACACACGCGGUGCUUGGUUGAUAGUGGAUUUGCGCACAUCCGGAAGCUCUAUAGACGCUCUGACAUUGAUUCUCUUGCACAGUUCCUCACACUUGUUAAUAAAUCGGCCGCUUCAAAUGAAGCAGUAUCCUAUGAUGAUACUUGGCAGUGGCGAAACUGGAAAGACUUUCUUUCCACUUACUUUCGCCCUGUGAAGAGUGUACGUAAGUACCAUCAUUUUAGAUUCACUUCUGCAGAACCAUGGUACGUUUACGUCAAGGAGCGAACCGACUCGGUAGAACAGAAGUUCUCAUUGAAAAAAAUUGGUGCGCCUAACUUCGAUGCCACCGAGAUUCCAGCAAUUCUACCUCCUGCUGGGAUGACAAGGGAGAGGCAGACCUACCUUUACAGGAAUGUGAGGCCUUAUGUGCGCCCUUCCCACCAGGAGGACCUGUGUCCUACACCAACGGAAGAAUAA